AUGGCUACCGUCAACAUUCUGUAUCCAUCCGGUCACUCCUUUGACCUGGACUACUACCUGAACAAGCACAUGCCCAUCGUCCAAAAGAACUGGAAGCCUUUCGGCCUUCAGAGCUGGGAAAUCAUUGUUCUGGAGCCUGGCCAGCAGUACCAGGUCCAGGCGAUUCUGAAAUGGGACACCCUCGAGUCGCUGGCCAAGGCAAAGGGUGGAGAGGCCGGCGCCAAGGUUUUUGGCGACAUUGCUCAGUUUACCACGGCCAAGCCAGAUGUCGUGGUCGGAAACAGAACGGCUGGACAAAGCCUGCUAUGA